GGAGCUGCUGGGAGGAGCGAUGGCGACUUGGCAGCAGAGGGAGAUGGCUUUGUGCUCCUUUUGCCGGGAGCCCUUCAAGACCCUGGUGGCCUUCACAGGGUGCAAGCAUUGGAUCUGCAGCUCUUGCACCAGCCAGUACCAUGUGGGCGCAGCCGGACGAUGCCCUUGGUGCUGCCUCCUCCCUCCAGCAGGGAAGGAUGGUGCGGGCAAGGGAUGGAUGGAUGGAGAAGGGGUUGGAAGCCAGCCAGCAAAGCCCCCUGAGGAGAAGUGCCAAGAGCACCAGGAAGCCCUGGAGAUGUUCUGCAUGGAAGACCAAAGCCCCGUCUGCCGGCGUUGCACCGAGUUGCAGGCUCACCAUGCCCACACUGCCAUUCCCCUCGAGGAGGCAGCUGAGGAGUACAAGACAAAACUGGAGGCAGAUGUAAAACUCCUGCAGCAACAGGUGGUGGAAGCACAGAGCUUGAAAUCCCAGGAGGAGAGGAAGCUGGCUGAGUGGAAGAAUAAAACUUCCAGAGAGAGCGAGAAAAUCACGAACGAGUUCAAUAAGCUGCACACCUUCUUGGUUGAAGAGGAGGAGAAGCUCCAGCGGAGGCUGAAGCGGGAGAAGAAGGGCACGGCCACCAAGAUAUGCAGCAACGUUGCCCAGAUGACCACGCACAGCCAGGCACUGCAUGAGCUCAUCAAUGAGCUCAACAAGAGGUGCCAGCAGCCAGCUUUGGGGCUGCUGAAGGAUGUGGAAAGCCUGCUGAGCAGGAGCAGAAAUAUCCAGGCCCGGACACUGGCGGCGGUUCCUGCCGAGCUGCGGGGCACGUAUGAGGUUCCCAACAGCGGCAUUUUUGAGUUUCUAAACCAAUUUAAAGUGGACAUGACCUUGGACCCAGCCUCCGCUCACCCCAGCCUCCUCCUGUCCGAGGACGGCAGGAGCGUGAGUCAUGGGGGCGCACGGCAGGACCUGCCGGACAACCCCGAGAGAUUUGAUCCUUAUGUCUUCGUGCUGGGAUCUCUGAGGACCACAUCGGGAAGGUGCUACUGGGAGGUGGAGGUGGGAGACAAGACCGAGUGGGACAUCGGGGUGUGCAGGGAGACUGUGAAGAGGAAGGGGAAAGGUCCUCUCUCCCCACCGGCGGGCUUCUGGAGGAUGUGGUUGAGGAACAGCAACCAGUACAAGGUCCUGCUCUCCCACCCCAUCACCCUUUCCAUCCGAGCAAAACCCAGGAGAGUGGGGAUCUACCUGGAUUACAAAGGUGGAGAAGUGACCUUCUACAACGCCACCGACCGGACCCACCUCUACACCUACAGCGGGGCCUUCGCCAGCGUCCUGAGACCCUUCUUCAGCCCUGGCUUGUCCCAAGGAGGGAAAAACACGGAGCCCCUCAUGGUCUGCCCGGCCACGGAGUAGGAAUGAGGGCAGCCGGCUGCCCGUCCCCACCUCCAAGUCCUGGGAGGAUUUGGGGGGGGUCCUAUCUUGGGGGGGGGGGGGGGAGGGUUGGGUUUAGAGCAGUUGCAUGUCCCCAAAAUGGACGACAACUGGACCAGCGCAGAAAAUUAUUUUUUUCCUUAUGAAAUAUUUUUUUCUGUCUUCUGGGAGUGUCAAUGCAAAUUUAACUCAUCUGUAUUUGGGAAAAAAAAAAACAAACCAUGGAUGUUUGGGAUAAGUCUCUAUAAACAUCCAACAUCCUUUGGAAAUUC